AUGAAUCCAGAUUUAUUUAAUAAUUUAAAUGAACAUAUAUUUUGGAAGGUGUUUCACAAUAAAUUUCUUUUUAAAAAAAUAAUUUUUUCAAUUGAGGAUAUAAUAAUAGAUUAUAAAGAUUUAUCACAAUAUUAUUUAGGAAAUAAAAUUAAAUUUAAACAUAUUUCAAAUUUAAAAUUUUUUAAUAAAAAUGAUAAUAAAGAAUGGUCAAUUUUAAAAGAUAAAUUAAUAUCAAAUCAGUUUUUAAAGAUAGAUAAAGAUUCGAUUGUGGAGUUUAUAUACCAUUGUAAAAAUAGAGAAAUUAUUCAACUGUUUUUAGAAAAAAAGAAGGAUUUUAUUCCUAUCGAAUUAGACCUUGUUUCAUUGUCUCUAGAAAAUAGUAACAUGGUGGCAUUCCAAGUUUUUUUGGAUCAAGGUUAUCCUGCUUCAAGUAAAUCUGUUGAAAGAGCUAUUCAUUUCGGAAACAUCGAUGCUUUAAAUAUACUUUUCAAACAAACAAGUGUUGGUAAUCAAAAGUAUUGGUUAAAACUUUUCAGAAAUAAAUAUAUUCAAUUAGAAAUGAUAGAAUUUUUCAUCUCCAAAAAUGAAACCUUACUCCAUGACUAUGGCCAGGCCUUAGAUGAUAAGGAAAAGUUAGAUUUUACAAGUUUCUUCUCAAUUAAAUCUCUUAAAGUUAAAUCUAUACUGUUAGAUUUCAAUCUUGUAGAAAAAAAUGAAGUUUCAAGUUUUUUCAUCUAUUUUAUAAAAAAUAGUAAUUUUGGGUUAAUUAAAACAGAGCAAGAUUUAUUGUUUUAUAUUAGAGCAUUUUUCAAGUUAGCAUGCAAUUUAAGAGAAAUUCCACUUCAAGCCCAAUUAAAAAUUGAUGAAAUUCAAGCAAAUAAAAAAGAUCAAGAUUCAGUAUACCAAUUAACUUUAAUUCUUUUAGAAGAAAUUCAAAAAAAACUACAUCCAA